UCGAAGAAUAAGGCACGCGAGGAAGGCACGCAAGAAAGGCACAGUCAGCUGCCUAACGUUCGGUUGGCUAGUCCCAAAGCCAGCUAGUUCUUAUCAAGGUAGACGCGCGUAAGAAACAGGCACCAACAUGGCGGACGAUGAGAGGAAGCGUCUCGAGGAUGAAAAGAAGAGGAAACAGGCGGAGACCGAUAGGAAAAGGGCUGAGGUCCGAGCCCGCCUCGAAGAGGCUUCCAAAGCUAAGAAAGCUAAGAAAGGUUUCAUGACCCCUGACAGGAAGAAGAAACUUAGGCUCUUGUUGCGUAAAAAAGCUGCGGAAGAAUUGAAAAAGGAGCAAGAAAGAAAAGCAGCAGAAAGGAGGCGUAUCAUCGAAGAACGUUGUGGAAAACCAAGAAACGUCGAUGAUGCUAACGAAGACACAGUGAAACGUGUGCUACGCGAGUACCACAAUAGGAUCACAGCAUUGGAGGAUCAAAAAUUCGACCUUGAGUAUGUCGUUAAGAAGAAGGAUUACGAGAUCUCUGACUUGAACAGCCAGGUGAAUGACCUUCGAGGUAAAUUCAUGAAGCCAACCCUGAAGAAGGUUUCGAAAUACGAGAACAAAUUCGCUAAACUUCAAAAGAAAGCAGCCGAAUUCAACUUCCGUAAUCAAUUGAAACAAGUGAAGAAGAAGGAAUUCACCCUCGAGGAGGAGGAUAAAGAGCCCAAGAAGUCCGAGAAAGCAGAAUGGCAGACGAAGAAAUAGAUUACGAAUACGGGCCGAAUGCGAAUUAAAUAAAUUUCAUUAAAAAGUACAAUAAGAAAGAAAAUAUAAGAAAGAAAGAAAACGUACAUGCACACACGUAUAUAUAUAUAUAUAUAUAGAUCUAUAUAUAAAUAAUCCUAUAAUGUACAUAUACAUAUUGAAAAACAGUUCGAAUACAUAUACGUACGUUACAUACAAUUAAAUUACUUACAAUACAUACAAACAUAACAGACUGAGACUUAUGCUCGUUUUAACGAUCAAAUAUAUCCUAGAUUUGUCCUCAU